AUAUUAAGCUCAAAAGGUUUGUUUGUUUUGAUCGAUCCUAUACAACCCCAAGCAAGCCUUUCUUUGUCGACGUCUAAUUUCAUGUGGGCUGUAAAGGUGGCGAACCCAACUAAUAAUAAUUCGUCUGGUUAUUUCAUGACCUCUCAUCAUCGUGGGAACAAUAAGGCCGGUGAAGAAGCACCUCCAUCGUCUCUUGUACUGGACAUGUUCUCACCAGACUACAUUUUUUCUCAUGAGAUGUCUACUAUGGUUACCGCUUUAACUCAUGUCGUUUCUGGACACUCCUCUCUUUCUCCAUCCACUGCCCCCGCCACACUGUCCUCUGCUUCUGCUUCUGGUUCGGCAGGAGGACAUAAAAGGCUCCGUGAUCAAGACCAGGAGCUUUCAGAACAACAACAACAGCAUCCAAUAUUUCAUCAAGAAUCAACAACGACAAGAAGCAGCGAAAAUCAGAGGAGGAAGUACAGAGGGGUACGACAACGACCAUGGGGGAAAUGGGCGGCGGAGAUAAGGGAUCCACAAAAGGCGGCAAGAGUAUGGUUAGGUACCUUUGAUACCGCUGAAGCUGCGGCCAGAGCAUACGAUGAAGCUGCUCUUAGAUUCCGAGGUAACCGAGCCAAACUCAACUUCCCUGAAAACGCAGUACUUCUGUUGCCAACACCCAAUAAUAUUAUUCCCCAACCACCAGCUAACUGGCACUUCCACCAGAAUCACUUCUGAUCUACAACAACCUCAAAGAAAGAAAAUGUUUUACAAGAAAGAAAUGUCAACGAUGACAUCACAUGAUCCCCCGCAAAAUGAAUCGUUGCCGAAUGAGACGUCAUGGCGAGUUGGUUCUAGUUCUAGUCAAUUCCAGGAUUAAGAUAUACGUGUUUUGUUUUGUUUUGUAACAUCCCAAACUCGUCUGGUUUUUUCCCUUCAAUUCUUAAUUGUCAAUUGUGAAUGUAAAAGAGAGCAUACUAUACUACAACUUUUUUAGGAUAGGAUAUAUUAUGGUAUAAUUAAUAAAUUUCAUGUUUAUCUGGA